CAAUGGUUUGCUUCCCCAAGUACCUCACUGGCGGUGCGACUUGCAGAAAGUCGGAGCGAUGCAGUCCAACGACUCGUCCUCAUUAGUGGAGGUGCACCCGUGCCGUUGGAGUAUGAGUGGAGCAUCGUUGGAAUUAAUCCUGACUGCCUCUCCCUCUUUACGCCCUGCAUUCGACUCGGCUUCCAAAGGCAAGUGAACAUGCCUUGCACUGUCAUUGUUCCAAUGUUGGCCUUCUCAAAGCGAGGCAUCUCGAGCAGAUCAAACUCUGAAAGCCAGUCUCACUGCAGUGCAGAUUCUGCGGAACGAAAGGCAGCCUUUCAAUUUAACGCGUAUACCUUGUGGGCCACAAUGGCAGGACAAAAGUGGCCAGAGGGUGACCGACACUUCUACGGCCGUCUGCAUGUCCCUGUCCUCCUCAUUUGCGGUUGUCAAGAUCGACUGGUCUCCGAGGCGGAGGAGGAGGAGGCCCUUUUUAGCCUUCGCUGUGCACAACUGCGUCGACUACCAAAAGCCGGUCAUAUGGGGAUGCUAGAGGAUCCAAAUCAGGUUAACGAAUUCAUCGAAGAACACAUAAUUAAUCCUCCGCAUCCCCUCGGUCUUUCCAAACGGAACCAGUCCUAUACGUUUGACGGUCUUCCAAAAGAGCCAAUCACCUCUCAGCCAAAUUGCGGCGCCCUUCUUGACGAUGGAACCUCGUUGAAUGUGAUAAAUGAAACUGAACAUGCGAGGGAGAGGAAUAGUAAUUGUGGAGUUGAUACCGACACCGAUUCACCCUGCAUAGCCAGUAUAUUCAGACCUCGAAUCCACUCAAAGCGUUGGCGCAGUUCAAAGAAAAGUACACCCAGGUGA